AUGCAAGAUUGUGCUUCGAUAACCAACGCUGAAUUUAUUUCGCCACCUGAUGAUUCAAAUGAUGAUUUCAACACCAGCAAUUUUCGAAGGAAUAGUUCAGUAAAUUCUUUCCGCUGUACAGCGCCACGUAAUUCUUUAAGUGGACAACAAUUUUAUUCCUUAGUUAAUGUUCCAAAUAAUUAUCAUACUGUGGAAAACAUCAAACAAAAACGAUCCUCUAAGCUAUUCGAUCGACCUGAACUUUUUAUGCAUGCAUUAACCGAAAAAUUGAAGGGACCUUGGAUUGAACAGGUCUUUCUGAAACGCGAAUGCAUCAGAUACAUUCCAACUUUUGGGACGAACAAAUGCGGUUGUGGACUGUCUCUGAAUGCGCAUAGCCUGGCAGUAAUAUCACAGUUUAGAGCAACAAUGAUGAACGAUGAAGCAGCAGUGCGAUCAUCAAGUCAACCAGUACGUUGGAGUAUUACCGAGCAUACAAAAACCGCUCACACAGAUGCCUUUGGAACUUUGGAAUUUUCGGGUGGUGCUCAUGCACACAAAGCGCAUUAUGUUCGUUUGGGCUACGAUUCAGAUCCUUCUGACAUCAUGUAUCUGAUGGAAAAAAUCUGGGGACUGGACCCGCCUCGUCUUGUUAUCACAGUUCAUGGUGGCAUCACCAAUUUCGAAGUGCAAGAGAAACUCGGUCAAGUAUUUCGGAAAGGAAUGCUGAAAGCGGCACAAACAACGGGAGCUUGGAUUAUAACUGCCGGAAUAGAUGCCGGAGUGGUACGACAUGUCGCUACUGCCCUCGAUGAAGCUGGCAUAUCAGCAAGGAUGCGAUCAAAAGUAGUUACAAUAGGAAUUGCCCCUUGGGGUUUAUUGAAACGACAUGAAAAAUUAAUCGGCAAAGAUAUCGUUGUAUCCUACGACCCACAUUCCUUUUCUUCCAAAAGUAAAUAUGCAACGUUGAAUGAUCGACAUUCGUAUUUCUUACUUGUGGAUAAUGGGACAAAUGGAAGAUACGGCGCUGAUAUCAUAUUGCGAAAACGUUUUGAAGAAUUCAUAGCUCGAAAACAAACAAUUGGUUUGGGGACACGACAUGUACCUGUCGUUUGCGUGGUGUUGGAAGGUGGCACUUGCACUAUCCGAGCAAUACUUCAAUAUUUAGCCAAUCAACCUCCAGUUCCGGUGAUCGUUUGUGAUGGUAGUGGAAGAGCUUCAGAUCUCAUUGCAUUUGCACGUCAACAUGUUCAGGAGAAUGGGAAUUUGCCGCGAGAAAUUCGUGUGCAACUUCUCACUCUGGUUGCCUCGGUAUUUCGUUACAGUACAACACCGGCAGAACAAAUUCUUGAAGAAAUAUUGUGUUGCGCCAAACAUCGUGAUUUGUUGACAGUUUUUCGUUUGAGUGGAAACAAGAAGCAAGACGUUGAUCACGCCAUUCUGAGUGCUAUAUUGAAGGGACAAAAUCUUUCAGCAGCUGACCAGCUUGCGUUAACCCUUGUAUGGAAUCGAGUGGACAUUGCACGCUCAGAUAUCUUCUUGGCCAAUCUAAACUGGAAUCCACAUCUAUUAUAUAAUGCAAUGAUGGAAGCGUUGGUAUUGGAUCGCGUCGAUUUCGUUAAACUUUUAUUGGAAAAUGGAGUUUCGAUGAAGAAAUUUCUGACAAUCAGUCGAUUGGAACAGCUUUAUAAUAUGGAACAAGAUUCAAUUCUACCUCUAAUCAACGAUAACAUGUCGAUAAUUGAUGGCCGAAUUACAUUGCCAAAAAUUGGAGUUGUUAUCGAGCGACUGAUGGGAAACGCUUACAGAUGUUCGUACACAUCCAGAAAAUUCAAAAAUAAAUACGAAAAAUGCAGGAAGAAAGCGCUGAUUUCUAGAAUUCCAAGUUUCCGAAGUCUUUGUGCUACGUAUUCGAAAACAAGAAAAAUAGCUGGUGAAGCCAGAAGUAAUAUGAGGAAAAGAUUGCGAAGGGAAAACAAAGAGGAUGAUGAUUUUCAAUUCCCAUUCAAUGAUUUAAUGUUAUGGGCAGUCCUGUCACGUCGACAGGAGAUGGCACGUUGCAUGUGGAUGUAUGGUGAAGAAGCUAUGGCCAAAGCAUUGGCUGCUAUAAGGCUUUACAAAAGUAUGAGCAAGGAGGCUGCAGAUGAAUACAUCGAAGUUGAAGUAUCCAAUGAACUUCGGGAGUUUGCAGAGGAGUUCAAAAGAGAAAGCUUAAGUUUGCUCAAUCAUUGUCACUUGCAAGAUGAUGCAGGAACUCUUCGAUUGCUAACAGCUGAAUUACCUAAUUGGGGACAUCAUACUUGUCUAUCGUUGGCUGUUAUUGCGAAUCAUCGAAGAUUCUUGGCUCACCCAUGCUGUCAAAUUUUGCUGGCUGACUUAUGGCAUGGUGGUCUUGGCAUCAAAAGCUAUUCAAACUUAAAAGUAAUUUUAGCACUGGCUUUUCCUCCUAGCAUUUUAUUGCUGGAUGUGAAAGCACGAAUUUCUAAUCGUCGAAUGGAUUCUUUCACACGACAUUCGUUUGUGAUCGAAGGGAAUGAAUUCAAUAACGAGAAAGAUGAUCAUAGUGAGAAUAGUGCUUCUUCAUCGUUUCAUACUUCAGAACACUUAAAAAUAAGACGGAAAACCAGAUACAAGACAUCCACAUUCUCGCAACGUAUGACAAAUUUUUUCGAGACAGCCAACUUAAUCGAAGAAACUUUACGGGUCAAAUCAGGAGCUAUAGACCCGCGAAAACCAGUUGGCACAAGUUUGCAAGAGGUUGAAGAGAUGACACGAAAAACAUCGUGGACGACUAAAUUUAGUAUUUUCUAUUCUGCUCCGAUUACUACUUUCUGGAUAUGGCUUGCAAGUUAUUUCGUAUUUCUGAGCGUCUACACAUACGUAAUACUGAUUGAAUUCCCAGUAAAGCCAACUCAAGUGGAAUGGUUUCUUCUUGCAUAUGUUGUCGCUUUUGUUAUGGAACAUUUUCGAAAAUUGCUGGUACAGGAAGCAAGUACCAUUCUCGAGAAAAUACGUGUCUAUUUUGAUCGCUGUUGGAAUUACUUGACUUGCUUAGCUAUUAUAACAUUCUUUAUUGGUUUUGCGUUUCGGUGUAAUCACCUGACACGUCAUUCAUACGGACGAAUCAUUUUAUCAUGCAAUAUUGUGUUUUGGUACAUUAAACUUCUGGAUUUCAUGGGUGUUCAUCCAAGGCUAGGACCAUACAUACAGAUGACAGGAAAGAUGAUUGUAAACAUGAUGUAUAUUCUGGCUCUGUUGUUGGUGACACUGAUGUCUUUCGGAAUAUCACGACAAGCAAUCACUUAUCCUCACGAAAAAUGGCAAUGGCUCUUGAUAAGGAAUAUUUUUUACAAACCGUAUUUCAUGCUGUAUGGUGAAGUAUAUGCAGGAGAAAUUGAUACCUGCGGAGACGAAGGUAUUAACUGCGUUCCUGGUGGAUGGAUACCGCCAAUUCUGAUGACCAUCUUCCUUUUAGUGGCAAAUAUUCUUUUGAUCAACAUGCUAAUCGCUAUUUUCAACAAUAUCUUCAAUGAGACAAAUGCCAUUGCACAGCAAGUUUGGCUCUUCCAGCGUUACGAACAAGUUAUGGAGUACGAAAAUACACCUUUUUUUCCGCCGCCUUUUACACCGAUAUCGCAUCUGAUGAUCUUGUUUAAAUAUUUCUGGAAAUUACGCAAAAAAAGUGGACGAAGAGGACAAGGGAUUAGCAAACGGGGAGGAUUCUUCGAUUUUUCAAUGAAGCUAAGUUUAAACGAUGACGAGUUACGUUUAUUGCGCGAUUUUGAAGAAGAUUGCAUGGAUGAUUUGUCAAGGAAGAAGAGUCUUUCACAACCAUUGCAGGUCGAUUAUGAGUUAAAAACAGCUGCAGAAAGAACUGGUAGCUUGCAAGCUCAGCUAAAUGACAUGGUAAAUGAAGAUUGCAGUAUCAAAUCGUUUCUCCGAGAAAUAGAAUCGAAACUCUAUAUCAUUGAGACGAAUCAGCAAGCGAUGCUCAAACUAUUACAAAGCUCAGCUGACAAAGAAGCAAAUUAUAAUAAUUUACCAAGUAACACAGAAGCAAUUAGAAAGAAGAAUUUAAGCGUUAUGCGAAAGAAAAUUUUAGCAGAAAAAAGAGAAUCAGUUGGAAAGUAUGCAAACAUUAGUAGCAGUGAUGAUGAAGAAUGCAUGCGCUAUACAUAUAAGCUUCCAGAAGCGCGUAACAUUUAUCAAAUUACGAAGAGAAGAUCAUUUAUUCUUCGUGAUGAAGUCUAUACAUCGAUAACAGAUACAAUUGAGAUGCCUAAAGUAUUGUACGCUCUAGAUGACCCAGUUCAACGAGCCGCUUCUCCUAGCAUUCGUGCAACACAACUUGGUAAUAUGGCAUUCAAAAAUCUUGAAAAGGUUUCUAGCUGUACAAUGGGAAGAGAGGUACGAGUACAGCCCUCAAAAUGGUCCAUUACGGAUCUUGAGGAUAUGUGUCGAGAAGAACUAUCAGAAUCGGCAAACAGUGAUACGAAUGAAACUGCCAUACGUACACCUCCAUAUAUCGAACUUAAUGAAUGA